AUGGAGAAGAGGACGACGUCCCCGAAGGCGAAGCCGACGCCGUGUCUGCCGCUGCAGCGGAUCCGAAGGGGGAUGAAGACGCUCUUCUUCCUGGCGGCGAUGGUGGCGUCGCUCCUCUUCUUCUCGACUCCGCUCCUCGUGGCGGCCCUGGACAUGCUGCUGCCCUCGGCGGUUCUCUCCGCCUUCGUCGCCCCUCUCUCUCCCGAAUCCCUGGCCUCCCAGCUGCGGGCAUACGACUUCCGUGCAUCCCUCGUUGACUUGCCGCUGCUCUCCAUCGCCCGAUCCCUCGUCAUCAUCUGUACGUGCGCGCAUCGACUAUUCCUUGCGUUCGGAUGAGAUUCGUGUGUAGACGGAUUGGAUAAUCGUUUGAUCUUUGGGGAUCCUUUGGUUUAUGUUGCCGCAGGUGUCUAUUGCCUUUUUCAAGGGCCUGCUCUGUCCCGGUGGCCCUACCUUGUGAUCACCGUGAUCUGCUCCUUGUCGUCGGCGACCUUCGUCUUUGUGAAGGCCUGUGUAGCCGCCGGGAUGGGCCAGUGGCACCGUGCAGGCGCCGCCGCGUCCGCUUCGGCUGUUGACCUGAUGCGGAGGGAGCCGAUGGCCUCGGAUGCCUUGUUCUUGAGCUCGUGGGCGCUGGCAGUUGCUCAUAUGGCGGUCGCCUACCGGACGAAUUGCCGUGAGAGACGGAAGCUUGUCGUCUACAGGAUCGAUCUCGAAGCUGUAAGUUACAGAAUCCAUCCCUCUCGACAAUCCAGCCGCAUUAGCGCUCUCUCUCACUUCAUUCAAAUAUUCGAAAUUUCUCCUUCCUAUUCUUUUCCUCCUCCUUCAUUCGUUCAGAUCUCUUUUAUCUCGCAUGAAGAAGAAUUCAGUUGUUCUUUACGACGUUUCCGAAACCCUACUCCCCUUGCAUCGAUUACCCUCGGUCAAAAACACCUGGUCUCAUUGCUCGAUCCGACUCUAGUUCCUGGUUCCUGAUUUUUAAACCGCACUGAGUAUCAACCUUUCAUACUUAAGAAACACGGAGUCAUCCUUCAGUUGUUGCCCUAAAAUACUAAUCGGGAAAAGAUGAAGACAGUUGGUGGAUCAGGAAACGCCAUGAAAACACAGCAAGGUAGUUCUUCCCGAAGAAAGUUUGGGCAGCAUCAGCAGAAACUCCCUUCUACUGUUUUCCCUGGAUUAUAUUGACUGGUGCUCGUGAAUGUUUGAGCAGGGUGAGUUCAGUGCCCUGAGACAAUCUGAGUAAACCCACACCAGAUUCGCCACAUGCUUUGGCCCCACCUGUGUGGCAUCAUCACAAGCUUCCCUGUUGUUUAUCAUGUCUCUCAUUUUAAACCGUGGCAUCAUCUCUCUCUCUCUCUCUCUCUCUCUCUCUUUCUGUCUCCAUCCUCUGCAUCUUCCUGGCGAUGGCGACAUUAUAGAGACAAAACCGUGGGGCAACGGAUGAGUUCCACAUGGCCCCUUUCUAUUCCAACAUUCUUGGGGCCGAAGGAAUCUUCAUCCCUGGUCAGACAGUCCACCUCAGCAUCUUGUGAACUCCUUGAGGAAGUAAAAACCAUUGGAUCCCCAUGAGUUGACCCUUCUGACUACAAUUAUGCUGUAAGGUACGAAGUGCUGCUGAUGUUCUUCCAGUGAAUUGAGCUUCACACCUGAUUUACUAGACAAGUUCGGCCUAUUCAUGUCUCCCAAUGAGAAUAUUUUUGUCUUGCCCGUUUGAUUUUACGCGAUUGGAAUCAAAUCUCCAUCUCUGGGCGGGUUCACCUGUCAAAGCCGUUUGAAAUGGCCUUCGAUGUAUAAGUCAACGCUCUGGGUCGUCCCCCAAAUGUGUAUAUAUAUCUUAUGGUUCGAAGAAUUAUGAUUUCUAGAGGGAAUAAUGCAGUUCCUGAUGUUCUGAAGAAUGUGGUUUGCUCACCAAGCUAAUAAUACAGACGAUUUUGCAGGUUUCAGCAUACAAAGGAGCAUUCUCAAACUACAGCAAGCUGUCCAAUUGA